GAGUGCGAAGCACGCGUUUUUGAUUUAUGUUCGUGGGGGAGCUGUCAAGAGUGUUGUCAAGUGCUGAAAGUUCUGUGUGUUCUGUGUGUUUCCUCGAACAGUGUUGCGACGCGCUUAACCCAAAAGCCGCUGCCUGCUGCCUGCUAAAAGCCUAAUGUGUGGGCUUUUUUUGUGUCGGGUCUUUGGAGUUGCUUAAUGGCGCCGAACCGUGCGUGUUAAUGGCCAGUUAAUGGCUGGGUGAUUAAGGUGCAAUAAACAUAUGCAUAAUUCAGCCAACCAAAAAACCAACAAGAGCGUACCAAACGUCGUCGAGAACAACAACAACAAAAAAAAAAGCGGUAAUCAAAUCGUGUUAAUUCCAUCAAUCUAACAACUGUCAUUGGAAACAGAAACAAAUACAAACAACAAGCACACAAGGAAAAGCACUUUGCAACUUUUGUGCAUGUAACAAGCGAAAGCAAAACAUUUGAUCUAGCCACACCCAGGACUAGUACGACUAGGACUAGUGCGUGGGGGGUGCGUGGGGAUGCUGUAAAGUCGAAUCCCAUUCCCAAUCCGAAUCUGAACCCCAAACCAAAGUAGUGAAAGUGCUAAGCCGCAAAACAACAAGAUAAAUUACUUGGGCCUCCGUCGUUGUCGCAUAUUUCGUUAUCUAAACCAAAUCAACAACAACCAUCAACAACAACAACAAUAACAAUUGUAUCUGUGCGAUUCAGCGAGUGUCGUGUUGCGUGUCGUAAUCGUUGCAUACUUUGAGGCGCUCGCCGAUGGUGCUGCUGCUGCUGCUGUGAAACAAGUUGGAGAACAGCAAAUUAGUUUAAAAGCAAAACAAGCAAAUUGAAUUUACAGUAAAACAAAAGCACACACAAAAUAAAACCAAAAAAAUACAAAGUUUUACACGCGCCAAAAAAUAAAAGAAAAUAAAAAAAGACAAGCAAAGUUACGUGAGAAAGAGAAAAGAAAUCUUGAAAACAAAUUAACUGCUGAGCGGGCACUAAAAAGCGCCAAAAGGAAGUUCACGCGAAUAGGAUAUAGAUAUCGAAAUCUAUAUAUAUAUAUAUACCCAAGUAUAUACAUUUAAAAAGAUACAAGCUACUCGACUCAUCUUGUUAUUGGUCCCGUGUGAGCGCUUAGCUUACUCCGCAGCUGGAGCGUUUUCUGGCAGGGCUCUUGUUGCUCUUUCAAACGCUGACUCUAAUUGGACGAGCAGCAACAACAACAGUAACAAAGAUAUCAUAUAAAAGACCACAGCGAAUUACGCGCUUAAGUGAGGACUGACAACAACUACAACGAUCAUAACAAUAAAGUGGGGCUAACAAGACCCCGGGAAAAAUACCGAAAAUAAAAAUAAAAAUACAAAAAUACAAAAACGAGCAAAAUGUUGUUUGCCCGCCCAGCAGCGAGAAUGUCCAGAGCCAAUUUCGGAUUACUCAACUGGCUCAUCAGUUGGCUGCUGUUGAUGCUGCUUAAAGGCUAUAAUGCUGCGAUAGCACCAACGCCACCAACAACAACAACGACAACGGUCUCACCCUCGAAUCUGUUGCCCUAUUUCGACUUUGAUGUGCCACGCAACUUGACCGUCACCGUGGGCCAAACAGGAUUCCUGCAUUGCCGCGUCGAGCGACUAGGGGAUAAGGAUGUCUCGUGGAUACGCAAACGUGAUCUGCAUAUCCUCACCGCUGGCAGCACCACCUACACCUCCGAUCAGCGUUUUCAGGUUCUGCGACCAGAUAACUCUGCCAAUUGGACACUGCAAAUCAAAUAUCCACAGCCGCGUGACUCUGGCGUCUACGAGUGUCAAAUCAACACAGAGCCAAAGAUGUCCCUCUCCUACACAUUCAACGUUGUGGCAGAGCUCAAAGCGGAAAUCUUUGGACCCAGCGAUCUGAUGGUUAAAACGGGCAGCGACAUUAACCUAACCUGCAAAAUUAUGCAAGGCCCACACGAGCUGGGCAACAUAUUCUGGUACAAAGGCAGCGAAAUGCUCGACAGCAAGAACGAGAACGAAAUCGACAGCUCCAUGGCCAGGAUACGAGUUGAGGAUGAUUGGUCGGAUGGCCUGACUUCCAGAUUAAAAAUCAAGCGUGCCAUGCCCGGCGACACCGGCAACUACACCUGUGUGCCGACUGUGGCAAAAACCUCCAGCGUCUACGUGCACGUAAUUAUUGGUGAACACCCGGCGGCAAUGCAGCACAAUUCGAGCAGCAACAGCAACAGUUUCUAUUGCGGAAUUUGUUGCAUGCUGCUGAGCAUCGUCUCCUGCUGCCUGCAGCAUUGGUAUGUGAGUGGUGCGACGUCUGAGACAAUGGCCGCGCUGUUGCAGCUGUCAAAGUUGCCACCGAGGCAAUUGUCGCACUACCCAACAACAGUUGCAGCGACAGCAGCAGCAGCUGCAGCAACAGCAACUACAUUUAAUGCCCGCCCCCGUCCCAGCAAUCGCCUCGAUAGUCGACGGCUUGUGCAGUGCAUGAGAUGAAGGAAUGGAACCCCCAAGGAUAUGAUGGUGAACUCUACAAUCAUCGCAAUGCUAUUGAUAACGAUGACGAUGAUGAUGGGAAUGAUGAUAUAAGAAAGCUGCAGUUUAGUUAAAUUCAAGACAUGAUUGAAUCGAAUCGAAUCGGAUCGCAUUGAUUUCGUAUCUAAAGAUAAACAAGCACUUAGUGAAUAACAAAAAACUCUCUAAACUUUAAGCGAUUUCGAGUAAGUUUAGCCAAGCAGACGGAAAACGGAAUCAACCAUGGAGAACAACACAAAAAAUAUAUAUAAAAAGCAAACAAAAUAAUCAGAAUAAAUAAGUAUCUCUUUAUAUAUAAACAUAUAUCGAUAACUAGUUAAGAGUUAAGCCAACUGUAGAAC